CACCUGCCUUCUUCUUCUUCUUCCCUCUUCACAUUCUCCAAACUCUUCAUCUUUUUCCUCAAUACCCCUUUUUAGAUUCCAUUUUCAUAUAGCUCAACAGAAUUCAAAAUCCCAUCCAAAAAAACAUAUAUUAUUGUUAUUAUAUAUAUAUAUAUAUUAUAUCAAUAUGUCUGGUAGAUCUCGUUCAAGACAAUCAAGUAGUGUAAGAAUCAGUGACGAGCAAAUCACUGAUCUUGUUCACAAAUUGCAGCAACUCCUGCCUGAGAUUCGUAAUCGUCACUCAGACAAGGUUUCAGCAGCAAAGGUCUUGCAAGAGACAUGCAAUUACAUUAGAAGCUUACAUAGAGAAGUGGAUGAUCUGAGUGAAAGACUGUCGGAGUUGUUGGCCACAUCGGACACAGCUCAAGCCGCCAUUAUUAGAAGCUUGCUCACUCAGUGACUCAGUACUCAUGACCAUAUUAUAUUAUAUAUAUAAUCAUAUCAUGUGGUUGUUAUAAAUAAUAAAUCGAAGUUUUCUUUGUUUAAUUAGGGUUUUCUUUUCUUUUCUUUUCUUUUUGUUUUGCGUAUACAUCUUUCUUCUUCCAUAGAUCCAUCACUAAAGUUUGAAUUAAGGUAAAUUAUGUGCA